CCACUUCUCCCCAAGCACUCACACCUACGCAUCAAUCUUGAUUUUCCUUUUCCACAUUUACUUACACAAUAACAACCGAAAUGGGCCACACCAUUACCGGCAGCGGUCCACUCCUGCUGGCCGUCGUCGUUCUCUCCGCCGCCGCCGGCUGCUCCCUCGCCCAAAACUCCAUCGGAGACUUCUUGGCCGCUCACAACGCCGCCCGGAAGGAGGUUGGCGUGGUGCCGCUGCAGUGGAACCAGACGGUGGCGACGUACGCUCAGAAUUACGCGAGCCAGAGGGCAGGCGACUGCACGCUGGAGCACUCGAGAGGGCCUUACGGAGAGAACAUCGCCGAAGGCUACGGGGCUUUUAGCGGCAAAGAAGCGGUGGAUCUCUGGCUGUCGGAAAAGCCUAACUAUAACCACGACUCCAACUCUUGCCAGGGAGGAGAGUGCCUGCACUACACUCAGGUCGUUUGGGGUAACUCUGUCGGAUUAGGGUGCGCUAGAGCUACGUGCGCCAACGGAUGGGCCUUUGUCACUUGCAACUACUAUCCUCCAGGGAACUACGAGGGAGAAAAACCCUAUUAAUUAAUAUAUGAUAUCCUACAAGGGAGAAAGACCCUAUUAAUUAAUAUAUGAGUAAAUCAUGGGGUGCGUUCGGACCACAGCAUCAGCGAGAUGAGGGGUAGUCUCGGUUUAUUCUUCUAUUCCAAUAUCCAUAUAUACAAAAGAUAUUUGAAAUAAAGGUGCAUGCAUCUGUUCAAAAA